CCAAGCACACUGCCGGCUGGAAUUUCAGCAGAAGAAGAAGACAUUUCGCCCGGGUUCCUAAAUUACGAACCUAGCUGCAUGUUGUUGACUAGCAUCAAACUGGGCACAACAUGACUUCUAGAGUGCAAAUAAACAUAUCUACGGAUAUCUGAAGGAGACGUUGGACGCUGACUAGUCAGUUGGCUGAUAUACACAGCUAGCUCGCGUGCCAUUGAGUGUUUCUGCUGUGCAGGAUGAAGGUAAAGAUCCGACAGUGGAACGGAGUGGCCUCUUGGUUGUGGGUGGCGAAUGAUGAAAACUGUGGCAUCUGCAGGAUGCCUUUCAAUGGCUGCUGCCCAGACUGUAAAGUGCCGGGGGAUGACUGCCCGCUGGUCUGGGGUCAGUGCUCCCACUGUUUCCACAUGCAUUGCAUCUUGAAAUGGCUGAACUCGCAGCAGGUCCAGCAGCAGUGCCCCAUGUGCCGACAGGAGUGGAAGUUCAAAGAAUGAGCCUGUGGUGCCUGCAGAGACUCAGAGAGAGAACCUCACAGAGACCUGUUCUUGGAUUUCAUUUUAUAUAAGCUGUACAUAACUGUUUUUAUAUACCUCAUCUGAUGUAAUGCAAAAGCCAUUUGGAACCUGAUGUAUUCUGUUGACAGAUUUAGUAAGUGAUUAAAUAGAAUAAAACCUACUUCACAUGCAC